AAUGAAGCUACCAAAGAUGAAAAGUGGAGAAAAGCUAUAGACGAGAAGAUGAAUGCAAUAAAAAAGAAUGAUAGUUGGGAGCUAGUUAUUCUUCCUCAAGGACAUGCUGCUAUUGGAGUGAAAUGGGUGUUCAAAGAGAAGAAGAAUUCCAAAGGAGAGGUAGAAAGAUAUAAAGCAAGGCUCGUGGCUAAAGGCUACAAGCAGCAACAUGCCAUUGAUUAUGAAAAGGUUUUUGCACCGGUAGCUCGUCUGGAGAUGAUAAGAUUGAUAAUUUCUCUAGCAGCUCAAAACAAGUGGAAGAUUUUCCAAAUGGAUGUCAAGUCAGCCUUCCUAAAUGGCUAUCUUAAAGAAGAGGUGUAUGUUCAACAACCUCUCAUCUAUGUUGUAACAGGUGAAGAGAACAAGGUGCUUAAACUAAAGAAAGCUCUCUACGGUUUGAAACAAGCUCCAAGAGCUUGGAAUUGCAAAAUUGACAAAUACUUUCAGGAGAAUGGCUUUGUCAAGUGCCCUUAUGAACAUGCUCUCUACAUAAAGCUAUCCAAGUUUGAAGAAGGUGGAAGUGUGGAUGCAACUCUUUUUUGGAGUUUAGUUGGAAGUUUGAGAUAUUUAACUUACACAAGACCUAAUAUUUUGUUUGGAGUUGAACUGGUUAGUCGAUAUUUGGAGGCUCCUACAACAAUCCAUCUAAAGGCAGCAAAGAGGAUCCUUCGCUAUGUAAAAGGUAUUGUUGAUUUCGGGUUGAAUUACUGUGCCUCUAAUGAAUUUACUCUUAGAGGUGUCAGUGACAGUGAUUGGGCCGGAGAUAUUGAUAAUAGAAAGAGCACCACUGGAUAUGUGUUUUACAUGGGUGAUACAGCUUUUACUUGGAGCUCGAAAAAGCAACCCAUUGUUACUCUGUCAACUUGGGAAGCAGAGUAUGUUGCUCUUAAUUCUUGUGUAACUCAUGCAAUUUGGUUGAGAAAUUUGCUAAAGGAGCUUCAUGUCACACAAGAGGGCCCAACGAAAAUAUGUGCUGACAACAAAUCUUCAAUUGCAUUGGCAAAGAAUCCUCAAUUUCAUGAACGAAGCAAACACAUUGAUACCAAAUAUCAUUAUGUGCGCCAGUGUGUUGAAGACAAAGUGGUGCAGCUAACUUUUGUGAGGACUCAUGAUCAGAUGGCAGACAUUCUUACCAAGGCACUCAAGUUCGAUGAUUGCAAGAAAUUAAGAAGCUGUCUUGGAAAACGACAUCGCGGGAGGACAAGGCGUUGGGAUUGUCAUCCACGGCGCAGAGAGCUGAGACGACCUGAGAUGCGGUCUGGACAUAGUGGAGGAACGAGGAGACGAAAACCUGGCGGAUCAGGGAAGUUUAGGCCGGUCCGGAGCUUCCUACCAGUAGCGAAAGCCUUGACCAGGCAGCCAUCGGUCCCAGGGCCCCUCUGCCGUCGUCGACGAAGCUCCCACGAGCAAUUGAAGUAACACACGAACUCUGAUUCACUGGGCUCGUCGCCACAUCGGAAGACAAAGAGAACCCAGGAUCACGUUCUUUUAGAAAACCAAUCUAGAACCUAGAUCUGGGUUCUUAAUUUAAAUUUAUUACAAAAUUUUGUCAUUAUAAUACAGUCAUCUAAUCCAU